AGUACUAAGUCUUCCGUGUGUUUUUUAAUUUCCUUACCCAUCUAUCCGUAUAUUAUCCCUCUCCUAUUCUAUAUAUCUUAUCCCUCUCCAAUCCUAAUUCUCGGAAAAGAAGAAGAAAAAGCAAGAAGGCGAAAGAUGUCACGCUGCUGCUCGCAGUGUGGUAGCAACGGCCACAACUCUCGCACCUGUGGAGGAGGGUCGUCGUCGGCGUCGGCCGCGGACGGUGGUGGUGGUUCCGAUUCCGGUUCCGGGCCUAUCAGUGAGUUCAUGCUGUUCGGGGUGAGAGUUAAAGUGGAUCCCAUGAGGAAAAGUGUGAGUAUGAAUAAUCUGUCCGACUACGAGCACCACCCCUCUAACGCUUCUACUAUUCAAAAAAAUUCUGUUCACGUUGAUGCGUCUGCGCCCAAGGCUGCCGAUGACGUCGCCGCCGGUUAUGCCUCCGCUGACGACGCCCUCCCCACCCAUCACUCUUCCACCGCCGCUAGGGAGCGUAAGCGAGGGGUUCCUUGGACUGAAGAGGAGCACAAGUUGUUUCUGUUAGGAUUGCAGAAGGUGGGAAAAGGGGAUUGGAGGGGUAUUUCCAGGAAUUUCGUCAAGACUCGCACCCCUACCCAAGUUGCCAGCCACGCCCAGAAGUACUUCCUCCGCAAAAGCAACCUCAAUCGCCGUCGCCGCCGAUCCAGCCUCUUUGACCUCACCCCUGACUCGGUCACUGGUGUGCCAAUGGAAGAGGGAGACGGUCAUCUAGAUGAAACAGCGAAUCCAGCCCUCCCUGCAACAUCAAUGCCUCCCAACGAAAACUCCAGCGUCAAUGGAUUUGCAGGAGCACCAUUCCCAGUCACAGUUGGUCCCAUUUUGGUACCAGUGCAGGUUCGGAAUCCUUUGUCAAGCAUGACCGUCUGCCAGGCUGAUGCUUUCGGUAAUGGAUCAGCUCUCGUCGUGCGGCCCGUCCCAGUUCCGGUGCCUAAUUAUGCCACAUCAACCGUCUUUAACUUGAACCAGCGAGUGGCAGCUGAAUCAGUAUCUCUGAGGCUGUCGCUGUCAUCAUCUGAUCAUCAGAGGCAGUCGUCUACAAGGCACCCAGCCUUCCAGAGGAUGCCAAGCUUCAAGAAUGGAGAUAGCAUUAUUACUGUUGCUUGAGGGACUGGGGCUAAAGUAAGUUCUUGAAAGGAGAACUUCGGAAGAGAUUAAUUUUAAAAAAAAAAGAAAAGAAAAAGAAAAUUGAGUUUUUUAUUAUUAUUUUUUGGGGUUUUUUUUUUUUUUUUUGGGGAAGGGGAUUGUUGUUUUUAGGACGUAGAUUAGGUAAAUUACAUGAUGAGGUAGAGUUGGACCUUUUUGUUUUGUACAGACCAUAAAUGUGGCAUCCCUUGAUUAAGACUUGAGGUCUUUAUGCUAGCUAAUACUGCUACUGUUUUAGAUUCUGGAUUA